AGAGAGCGCUGUAUAAUAUAUCGGCUACAUCCCAAGGAUGAAUGCAAAACUGCCUUUAGAUACUAACUAUGAUUUAGAACAACAGUUCAUCCUUCGGAUGACAGACACAGUUGCUGCUCAAAAUCUGGCAGCCGAUAUCGAUGCUGGCAUACCUUUCAAGGAAAAUUUUACCGUAGAAUUCAAACCUGAUAUGCGACAUACAAUUGUUCGGUAUAAUGGUCAAGUUUACCAAGGUCAGAUUAUGGAUCUCCCAUGCAUAAUAGAAUCCUUGAAGACUACAGAUAAAAAGAAUUUCUACAAAACAGCUAAUAUCUGUCAAAUGAUGAUUUGUACUCAAGGUGAUGAAACUGGUCCACUACGUGGGACUGCUGCAUAUUUAGACAAUCGUCCUGGUUCACGCAAUAAAACAUUUGAUAUUAGUCAUGAAAAUCGAGAAUUUCAAUUUCUUCAUGGGAUAACACCACCAUUAAAAAAUGUCUUACAUCGUCGAUUUCGUAAAACGCGUAGAAAACGUUUUGUUGAUAUGCCUAAAAUUGAGAAAGAAGUCAAACAACUACUGAGAGCUGAUUUACAAGCUGUUAAUGUAAAAUGGGAAGUUAUAUGGACUGAUCCACCUGCGCCUGUAAUACGAUCGAAUGGAAAUAACAAUAAAUCAAGUCUAUCUAAUAAUGAAACCGAUAGUUGUAAUAAUGUUCAAUUAGGCAAUCAACAACGUACAGCUGAUGAUGAAUUAGAAGAGGAAGAAGAUGAAGACGGUGGACGAGCAUAUGCAAUAGAUCAUCGUGAUGUAUUCGGUGAAAUAAGUAGUAGCAGUAUUGGUUCUUCAAGUGAUAGUGACGACAACAGUAGUAGUAGCAGUCAUCGCGGUAAUGGUGGUGGUGGCGGCGCUGACCGUCGUCGUCAUCGUCACGAAGGAGGUGGAGGAAGGGAAAGACUUGGAAGUAAUGAUCAUCCUAGUGAUAAUGAUGAGCACACUGUUGUUGGUGAUGGCAAAGUAAAAGAUUAUAAUCAAUCAUCUGCACAAAAUCAAACUACUGAUAAUAAUGCUUUAAUAACUAAUCAAUCAACUUCAGAAACUGUAUAUAACAAACUAAAAUCUACCACUAUCACUUCAACAACUAACGAUCUCGUUAAUGAUGUUAUUUCUGCUACUACUUCUAUCAUUCCUGUUGAUAAUCUUAAAGAUGAAUUGGCUGCGGAACUUUUACUAUCUGAUUCCGGUGAUGAACAAGCUGAUAGUGUUGAUGAUGAUGAUGAUUUACAAACUUCUGUUGUUACUGAAUUAAUUGCAAAUUCUACUAAUGAUAAUCCUAUGAAUAUUCAACAUAUUCAUAAUGCUACAAUAAAUAAUCAAAUUGAUGAUGAUUGUAUUGUAACUGGUACCAUCACUGAUCUAGAUAAUUUAGUGGAUGUGGUCGUUAAUGAUGUUGAUGAAGAUGAUGAUGAUGAAACGUAAUAAUAUUAUACAUAGAGGUGGUGAAUUAUUGGAUGAUAAUUCAUUUAUGGGUUUCACGAAUACAACAACACAAAACUUUUAUAAUGUAUUCAAUGCAGAUAUUGACGAUGAAGAUACUUCAUAAUAAGGAGAAUAACAAAAGCAGGUGAGUUUAUUGUUUAGCAGAGUUUAUUACUAAACCUGAAAAUCCUAGGUUCAAUGCCUGGUGUAGUUGUGGAUACGCACUACACAGAACAAAACAGUUGUCUAGUGAUUGUAGAUUUUCAGUAUUUCUCUAGGUAAUAUCUGUUCAUGAUAUAAAAUAUGCAACUCAACAGUCUCAGAAUCUGUACACCAUGCAAUAAAAAAACAAAACAAAAUUAAUGAAUUAAAUUUCACUGACUGUAAAAGCAAUUUUUCUGAAGUCCUGAAAUGUUUAACUUUGUUUUCUGCAGCUUUCCCAUUUAUACUUAUUCAAUAAUCUUUGUUAAACCACCUUAGUAAUAAAAAAACGAUAGUUUCUAUUAAGUUUUUACUUCAAUAAUUUAUGUUUCUACCGUCUAUCAAGCAAACUUAUCUUCCGUGUUUUAAUUUGCACAAUGAGAACCUUCUACAGUUUUCUCUUUAUAUAAUCUGUAAGUGUAUGAUACAAUGUGAGUUUAAAGUUUACAUUAUUGUCUAUCGAUUGAGAUCUUGAACCGAUUAGUGUUAGACCACCAUUGAAAGCCUGGAAGCACUGGAUGGGCGUUCCGUCCUAUUGUGGAUGCGCACUGCCGAGGAAUCCCAAAAGUAUUUGUAUGAAGUCUUGCAUUAUCCCUUUUUAACUAUAACUUCAUUGAUAACGAAAACCAAACGUUAAUCAUUCAGGAAUUUCUUGGCUUUCUAUAUAAAUUCCUUUAUACAACUAAUUUACUUACGUACUACUGUUACUCCGCCUGGAUCCCCUCUGGAGCUACUGCCGGUCCCAAGCACGGAUGAAGGAGGAGGGUUGGGCAUGGGGUUAGCAACCCUAUCCCGUAGAAAACUAACUCACUAAAGAAACGCUAAUCAGAAAAAAAGUAUACAACUAAUAUUCUCUCAAAUUAACUGUUAAGCAAUAUCAUAUUCUUGUAGUAUCAACCGUCACAUCAAACCUACUUCAACCGUAUCAAUAACCAAGUAUAGUUUAAUGAUUUUCUUCAAAUAUUGUUUUCUCGCUAAAUUUCCUACUAUAAUUGAACGCCAUUUGGUUCGCUUUUAUGCAUUUUUAUUAUUCAGCUGACUUAUUAUCAUUAUUUUGUUUUAUUGAAACAUUUCAAUUGGUUCAUCAUAAAAUUCAAGAUAUUUCUUUGAGUUGAUUACGGUAACGAUGAGUAUAUAUAUAUAUUUUUUAGUGACUCCAAAAUUUGACUUCAUAUAGAUCGUAUGAAUGAUUUUUGUCGAAAUAUACAUCCUGACUAUUCUCGUAUAUUGUUAUCGACUUGAAUCACGUUAUUGAUUUGAACAGACAAUCAGAAGUAUAAAACGAAGAGAAGAGAUUGAAGCAAAAUGAGGUACAGUGGAGAUGGCUUGUGAGCCAACUCAAUUUAAUCAAUAUUUAUAUUCACAUGAAAACAAGCUACAGAGAUGUGAUGAAUGGGAUAAGAAGGGUACACACAUAACCUUACAUAAAAACAGUCAAGUUUGAUAAGCGAAUAUUUAAAAAGGUCGAAAUAUGACUCAAGAUGAAUGAAUGAAUUGGCCUGUCUAGAAGCUAGAAUAAGGUAUCUGGACUUAACAUCAUAUUGUACCGCAGCAAUUGCAUAGUAGCACUCAUGUGUUCAUUAGAAAUGAUAAUCAUAAUUGGUAUUAUUAAUGUUUCAUUUGUUUCCAUGUAUUUUAUGUUACGGUGAAUCAAAUUUAUUAUUAUUACCGGUUUUUUUUGUAUUUUCUUCUAGUGAUUAACGUAUGUUGCUAGCCUAACUUAUUGAAACUUAAUUUUGUUUAUUAUUUGAAGUGAUGAAUUGGGAUACAUUGGAUAACUUACAAUUUCUAUACAUAAAUAUGCACUUUACAUUUGUAAAUAAAAUUCUACUUUUAUAUCUCAAAAAUUUUGUUCUCUUUACAACAAAUAAUAACCUAUCAACUACUGAAGAGUAAGAGAGCGUUUCCAGCAGAAUUAGUUUAUGGAACUCUACUGUACGUAAAAGUUUUCCGACUGAUGUAACUAACUACGUAAAACCUCUAGAGAAGUAUAUGAACAUUUAAUUUUAAUUUGGUUAUUCAUUCUCUGAAGAAGUGACUUACACUAAGUCACGAAACAUCAGAAAAUCUAAUUUUUCUACUCAUUGGGAUAUUACAGAUAUAUUAUUUAUUUAUUUAUUUAUAUUAAUCUACCCAAUGUUCAAUUUAUUCGAAAUUAUCAAAUCAAACCUUGGUAAUGAUACAUAAUUUAGAAAUAACUCUUUCUAGACAUCAAUGACAAAUAUACAUACUACAACAAUUGCUUAAUAGCACUUAUUUGUUUAGAAAAGAUAAUGUACAGUAUCCUGUGUAACCGAAUUAUGACGGUCCGUUUAACGUGGUUUCGAGGAGACUGAUAAAGCAAUUACUGUAGGAAAAUAGAUGUAAUCAGUAUCGACCAAGUUGAACCAGCUUUCAUUGAAAGUGAUGAUCAAUCGAAAAAUGCAAAUCCUUCAGAAACUGUAGCAUCACCGAAAUGUGAAUCUUAAGCAUCAAUGAUAAAUAUGAUGAAGAAACUCCAGCGAUGACGAGAUAUAGUCAUAGAGUUAAAUGACCGCUAUGGUAUAUAAUCACAAAUUUGCAUUAGUAAUUUCUUUCACUGUUUUGAACAUAACUUAUUUUAUUCCUCUUCUUUUUGUACACGAGCAUCGUUAACCUUACAUUAUCUUUCAUACAAUUAGAAACAUUUCGUAUAUCUUCACCCCUAAUAUGUAUAAAAAUGAUACCAAACCCUUUCGAUGUUUUAUCUGACCUCACCGAUGUACAUAAACACAUAUAACCUUACAGGGUAGUUUUGAUUUUUUAUAUUACGAUAUUCGAGUGGGUUUAGACCCAAUGUUUCCACGUAAACCUAAUGUACAGCCCAAUGUAAUAACGAUCAUGUGCACGUUAAUGUAAUCAUAGAAUUUAUCAUGUUAUAGUGUAUUUUCUAUUAAAUAACUAAAUUAUGCUGUGGAUUUUGCUCUGGUUGAAUUUUUAUUCGUGACGUUCGACUGCGUUACACUGUACGUUCUUUGCAUGCUGGGAUGAUAUUCCAAGUCACACAAUUUCGCGCCAAAAUACAAGAGUCGCUCACUUAUUUCUGAUGAUUUUAUCGAAGAGUGUACUAGUUAUUCUAAUAUUUAUCUAUUUUCCGUAGUCGAUAAACUGACUCGAUCAUGACAGUCCAUUUCAUAAAAUUGAGUGUUUCAAUGGAGCGAGUCACGGAAUACAAUAUUCCAGAAUAUGCAUAUUAUUAGACAAAGUGAUUACGUUACUUGUCUUAAGAUCGAAAUCAACACUUCCACGAACAUGUAUAAAAGUUUGGAAGCAGCUAACAUUUUCAUCUGACCGAUUUCAGAGUCCAAACAACAGAUGUCGUUCAUUUGCCUCGAUUUUCAAACAUUAUGUUGUUGGUUUGUGAAAGCAAUAACAAACAACAAAUGAGAAUAUAAUGGUCGUUUUCUGAACUAGGUAUGCAGAUCUCUUCCAUACUGCGACGCUGUCAUGGAUUGAAAAGUGUUACGCUUUUUUCGCUUAGUCCCAGUGUCGGUAAAUAACGCACGAUGUGGAAUUGAAAGACAUAACAUUCGUAAAAGAUGUCCAAAGUAACAAAGCUUGUGUAUUACGAUGGUGAUAUCAAUUAAGUUAUCGUAACUCUUCCCAAAUACACACUUCCUAACCUCAACUUUACUGACGUACUGUUUACAGUGUUUCAACAAUACCUCGGAGAUAACGAUUAUUAAACAAAAUCUCCAAACAUACGCAAUUCGGACAGGUUAGGUUUCACAAGCACAACUACUCUCACUGACGCGAUGUAGUCCCGAACUUUUAACAUCCAGAGAAACAUUUCCAAAGUGGCAAAGACAAGCAUAAUCUGCUCUGGUCCUUAUUAUACGUUGAUUGAUUUCAUCCAAUACACCAACAGAACAUUUCUUACACUGCUAUACAGAUACACGAAAUUUCACACUACUUCUGACAACUCAACACGAAGAGUGAGCGC